CACUCAGACAGUGACGCUUCUAGGCAGCCAACUUUGAUUCAAAACGACUACAAUUCUGAUUGACAGAAUGUAGACCAAGUCCUCUUGCACAAUUUAGUUUACUUCUUCUUGCUCUUGUUCGAACCAUUAUAUAAGAGAAUGUUCGGAAAAUAUGACUACACAAUAAACCACCAAGACUCUCCAGAAACAAGAUUUCAGACAGUACCCUAGGAAAGCAGCUUCUCUCUUUUCUAUUAAGUUUCAGGCCAGUAAGAAUAGUUAGAACUCGAAUAGGAGAGAGAUUUUCUUGUUUCAUAGCUAAGCAAGUAUGAAGUUUGGUAAGGAAUUAACUUCUCAAAUGGUGCAAGAAUGGCAGGGAGCAUACAUGGACUACAGCCAUCUCAAGAAGCUGCUGAAAGAGAUCAUGAGAUUUCGACUGCAGAAUGCACCUCAGUUUUCGAGCCGAAAGGGCUUCCUGACAAGGAGGCUAACCAUGUACAGGGCGUUUAGUGGGCUAACAGGCCGAGACAACCAUGUUAGGAGCUCAUCAAAAGAGAAUGAGGAUGAAGUGAUAUUAGUGGGUCCAGUACAGCAAGAGGGCUCUGAAAAUUAUUAUCAGACUACGUUUCUGAGGUCGUCCGAGGAAGGAGGAGGGGAUGAGGUUGUGUUCUUUGAGAAACUUGAUCAUGAGCUCAACAAAGUGCUGAGGUUUUAUAAGGCUAAGGUUGAAGAAGUGAAAGUUGAGGCCGAGGAACUGAGCAAACAGAUGGAUGCACUAAUUGCGUUGAGGAUAAAAGUGCAUAAGCCUUAUGUGGAACAGAAAUUUGCUCCAGCAGUUAAGGUCGGGAGUUCAGCUCCUGCAACAGACAUUGCAUCGGCAAGUGGAGAAAGCCGUGAAAUGGAUGUAAUUGAAGAAGUUGAAACGGGCAGCGAUGGAUCUUCUGGAGAUGAACAGAUCAGAGCUUCGAAGGACAAGAAGGAUAUUAAAGGUUUUAGGCCUGCUCCUGUUGAAGUUUUGGAUCAUGUAAAGAUCAAUGUUGCUCCUGACACUCCCAUCUCGACUUUAAGAAAUGUUAUCAUUUCUUCAAAAUCUGAUCUAUCGUUCAGCAAGGAGGAGCUAAGAAAAGCGGAAGAGAAAUUGGGACGGGCUUUCGUUGAAUUUUACCAAAAACUUCGACUUCUUAAAAGCUACUGUUUCUUGAAUAUGCUUGCUUUCUCCAAGAUUAUGAAGAAAUACGACAAGAUCACUUCAAGAAAUGCUUCUAAAUCUUACUUAGAGAUGAUUGACACAUCUUAUCUUGGCAGCUGCGACGAGGUUAACAAACUCAUCGAAAGACUUGAGGCCACAUUCAUUAAACACUUCACAAACGGCAACCGUGGGAGAGGAAUGAAAUCUUUGAGACCAAGAGAUAAAAAGGAGAGGCACCUGACAACAUUUUUCCUUGGACUAUUCACUGGUUGCUCAACAGCACUGGUCGCGGGUAUCAUUGUCUCAAUACAUGCACGGAAUCUUCUUAAUCAUGAGGGACGACAGCAGUAUAUGGACAAUAUAUUUCCACUCUAUAGCUUGUUCGCAUACAUUUUCCUACACAUGCUCAUGUAUGGGGCAAACACAUACUUCUGGAGGCGAUUCCAGGUGAACUACCCGUUUAUUUUUGGAUUUAAACCAGGAACAGAAAUGGGCUUCAGAGAAAUCUUCCUUCUUGCAUCCGGGCUCUCGGUACUUGCAUUGGCUGCCGUACUCUCUAACUUGGACAUGGAAAUGGACCCUGAAACAAAAAGUUUUCAGACCUUAACUGAACUUGUUCCACUAGGACUAGUUACCGUUUUGCUUCUUAUAAGCAUCUGUCCUUUCAACAUCCUAUAUCGUUCAAGUCGUUUCUUUCUUGUUCGUUGCGCAUGGCGCUGUAUUUGUGCCCCUCUUUACAAGGUUACGUUCUCCGAUUUCUUCUUGGCAGAUCAGCUAACAAGCCAGGUUCAGGCUUUCAGAAGUUUGCUGUUUUACAUCUGCUACUAUGGAUGGGGUGACUUCAGAAGGAGAUCAAACAAGUGCCUUCAAAGCAAUACUUACGAAAUUCUCUAUAUAGUUGUUGUGAUCAUUCCAUUCUGGUCGCGCGUCCUUCAGUGCCUUCGCCGCCUGUUAGAGGAGAAAAAGCCCAUGCAAGGGCUUAACGGCCUAAAAUAUUUCUCAACAGUAGUGGCACUUGUCCUUAGGACAAUAUAUGAUCUCAGGAGACAAACGUUUUGGAGAAUCAUGGCAGCAACAAGCUCAGGAGUUACCACAGUAUACAACACGUACUGGGAUAUAGUUAUAGAUUGGGGUCUUCUGCAAAAGAAUGCCAAAAACCGUUGGCUGAGGGAUAAGCUUCUGAUAUCAAACAAAGCUGUGUACUUUGUGGCUAUAGUAUUGAACGUACUUCUCAGACUAGUUUGGAUGCAGUUGAUUCUUGGUUUUGAAGCACCAUUUCUCCACAGGAAAGCAAUGGUUGCCCUUGUUGCCUGUUUGGAGAUACUUCGCCGUGGAAUUUGGAACUUCUUCAGGUUGGAAAAUGAGCACUUCAACAACGUUGAAAGUUAUCGAGCGUUCAAGACAGUACCGCUGCCAUUUUACUAUGAAGAUGAAAAGAUCAUGUGAGCACACACAAAGGUGCACAUUUUACAAUACAGAUAUCAACACAAGAGACCCUAGAUUAUCUGGCUUCUUCUUCUUU